ACAAAUCCAUCCAAAAUUCUACUCAACUUGUCGGUUAUCAAGACGAAUCCAUACAAGUUCCUGCUCUUCAACUUAGCCGAUUUCAAGACAGAUUCGUCCAAAAUUCUACGCCUCAGCCUAAUCAAUUUUCUAGUUAUCAAGACGAAUCCACACAAAUUAUUGCUCCUCGGUCUGGCCAACUUUCCAAUUAUCAAGACAAGCCCAUCCAAAAUUUUACUGUUCAACUUGAUCAACUUUCCGGUAAUCAUGACGAAUCCACACAAGUCCCUGCUCUUAAAGUUGGCCAAUUUCAAGACAAAUUCGUCCAAAAUUCUAUGCCUCAGCUUAAUCAAAUUUCCAGUUAUCAAGACGAAUCCACACAAAUUACUGCUCCUCAAUCUGGCCAAUUUUCCAAUUAUCAAGACAAAUUCAUCCAAAAUUCUACUCUUCAUCUUGCCAUUUAUCAAGACGAAUCCACCAAAACUCCUGCUCUUCAAUCUGGCCAAUUUUCCAAUUAUCAAGACAACUCCAUCCAAGAUUCUAUUCUUCAGUUUGAUCAACUUUCCGGUAAUCAUGACGAAUCCACACAAACUUCUGCUCCUCAAUCUGGCCAAUUUUCCAAUUAUCAAGACAAAUUCAUCCAAAAUUCUAGCUUCAGCUUUGAUAACAUUUGUAACACAAUUUGA